AUGUCUAAUACAGAAUUAUUAUCUGAUCAAGCAACACAAAAAAUUGAUGAUUUAACAUGUUCAAUUACGGAAAAUGUUAUUUUGUCAUCUGAUCAACAAGAAUCAACAUUGAUAAAUAGUGAUUCAAAUUCAUGUUCGAAAGAUAUGUCUGAUAUUGAUUCACAAGUAAAAAAAUCCAUAUCUGAAUCUGAUAUAAAACCGUCCAAAGAUAAUAAUUUUUAUUUAAUCAAAUGGAUUGAAUUUAAUUUUGAAGAAUUACCAAUACUUUUACAAAAUGUUAAUGGUCCUUGUCCUCUUCUUGCUAUUUUUAAUAUUCUUUUACUUAGAAAACGAAUUAUUAUUGAUUCAAACAGGGAUGUAAUAAGUACAGAACGAGUUGUAACAUUACUUGCUGAAUACAUUCUCGAAUAUGAUCAAUCGAAAUUAUCUGACGAAGAUCGAAUUAAUUAUGAACACAAUGUUCAAGAUGCACUUGCUGUACUUGAUAAACUUAAAACAGGCUUAGAUGUUAAUUUGAAAUUUGAUGGUGUAGAUAAAUUUGAAUAUACACGUGAAUGUAUUGUAUUUGAUUUACUUAAUAUUCAAUUAUUCCAUGGAUGGGUUAUUGAUCCACAAGAUAUAGAAUUACGAACGAUCGUAACUGCAGAUGCACCAAGUUAUAAUCAAUUAGUUGAAAAAAUGAUUCGACAACGACAUUCCGAGCGAGAAGAACUUGUUCGAGAAAUUAAUUUACUUUUUCUUCUUAAAAAAUGGGUUUAA